GUGAGUGAGUGAGUGGCACUGGCACCGUGUGUAGAUGUGUGCGUGUUGAGGAAGACCCGCGUGAGCUGCGAGCCCAUCGCAGACAAACGGACGGUCUUCUACCUCAUCGGCAGCAUCAACGUCGACAAACCUCGAGCGCCGCGUCUGCUCCCCUCCUCUUCAAAACAACCAAAACAAAACGCGUCCGACACUAAAAAGCAGCCACCAGCAAUUAUCCAGUCAUUUGGCCCUAAGCUCUCACAUGCUGAAUGAAUUUAUCCUCCCUGUUCUCCCUGUGGUGGAAAAUAGUGAUGUUAAUUCAUAUGCCAUGGGAUUGGUAGCCACACAAAGACCAAAGACCAAGUGCUUCCACCUUGGGCGAUUCUGUGAGUGAUUAUGUCUACUGCUGCUUGUGGGGGACCAGCGGCCACUGUUUGUGAGAACCGCAUUGCUCCGUUCCAGGGGAAUCCUGCUCUGGCCCUAUUCACACUGUUGGAAAUGUGUUUCGUUUGAUAUGAGUUCAAAGAGAUUCUAAAGUUGCAGGUCUCGCUUUAAGUCCGGGUUCAGUGUGCUACCUGUGAGUUGGGUGGAUCAAAGUUCUGCUCAAGAUUUCAAAGCCCAACUCUCCUAAAGAGACAGGUUUUUGCAAGUGCAUUAGGACCUUUAGUGUGACGUGUCUCUGCAGUCUGUCUCUCUGGAUACAUUAUUUCUUGUCACAUGGAAUAACGUGUUAUUUUGGAUAUUUGAUUGAAAUUCACUCCAACGUUUGCUCCCUUUUUUACGCCAUGUUUAGGUUAUAUGCAUACAUGGACUGUUGUGAGAGUGCAUACACCUAGAUUUACUGUGUUUCUGUUGCUUUGUGUGUGUCCAGGAAUUGUGCAUGCAUGCACGGUUGUGUUGUGUAAGUAUGCGUGUGAUUGGAGGAGAUUGAGAUUUGCAUGGGCUGAAAUGCAAACACACUCCUGAGAGAAAUCCAUGGUCCAGUGCUACUGCUGUCCUGGUCCCGGGACCUUUGCUCAAAAUACAUCAAUACAGCAGCUGUUGUGGUAUUACUGGGAAAUGCUACUUAUGGACAGGGAAUAUCCCAUACUGGUAAAGGCUGGAGCUUUCUCCUGUUCUGGAGACCUGCUGUACCAUGCAUGACUGAGUUCUGUGAUUCUACAGUUUUACUGUACAAGGCCCUGGAGCUAAUCGAAUGGCUAAUGUAACCAAGUGCUGGUAGUAGCCUUGUAAUAGGCUUGCUGUGUUUCCUUGCCAUGGUGGAAGUGAGAUCCUUGUACCACCAUGUUUAAGUUCCUGGCAUUUUGUAUUUUAUAGAUUAAAGAUCAAAAUAAUUGUGUGAAGUAUACUCAACACUUUAAAGGUGUUAUGUCCCACGGUAGCUACUAUAUGUGUUCUCUUUGCUACAUUGCUAACGUACUAAUUACAUUCCAGGGUAACACAGCAGGACCAGCUUACAGUACAUUUAUUGUCUGAUGGACUUGUCAGUCUUCCUCUCCAUGGCUAAGAACUGGACUGGCUGAUAGCUGCUAAUACUUUCCAUAUACAGGAGAAAUGGUGAGCACGGACAGUAUAGUGUUUCUUUCCUGUAUUGCACAGAAGAGAGUACUUUGCCUGUUCUGAGAUCACAUAAAGGAGCUGGUUUUUCCAGUCAUUUUAUGGUUGAACAGUUUUAAGUGGGCUCCUUCCCUGUGGGCCGCAGCACAGGUGCUGGCUGUGUCAAUUGUUUACAGAAGUUCAGAGCGGCGCGAUGGCUCGCAGAGAGACGGAUUGGGGGCCCCGGACUCCGGUGCGAGGCAAGAAGAGGUAAAGCAAGUGUAAGAGAGUGCAAAGAGAGAGCGAGACACUCUGACACGGGUAAAUUAGAUCCAGAGAGGGAAAUAGCAGGAGGUAAAGUGACUGUUUUACUGCCCAGGCUGCAGGUGCGACGGCAGCUUACCGAAUGACCCCAGAACCGCAAGGCACACACACACACGGCCACAUUCAUGCACGCAAGAAAAGCAGCCAGGCACACACCCGGGCUCCGACAAGCACACGCAUGCAUGCAGGGCCACGCACAAAUGUCACAAACACACAUUGCGUUGAUGAGUCGAGUUUAUAUUAUGUCAUCCUCUCUUCCUGCUACUCUGUUUGGUCAAGGCAGCAAACUCAUGAGAAUUUUUGUCAAUUGGAUUAUGCUACUGCGUGGACGGGCCUGUGUACAAGUGGCAGAACAGUUCACCAAUUCAUAUAAAUAUUUUCAUCAACAGCACCAUUUAGUUCUGCCCAAUUAUGGGUUCUGUUUUUCUGGGCCAGGCGUGUAGAUACAGGAAGACAAACAUUUGGUUUGGAAAAUAAGGGGAAAACAUUAAAGGUUUAUAUGUUUUAACUUGUAGCGACUGUGUUUAACAGUACAUGAGAGGAAUGAAUAAUGCCAUUGGUCCAGUGGUUAGGAGGAUUUACUGCUGUAUAUUUUCCUAUUUUAUGGUUGAAACUCCCCCGUCUGUAAUAUUUUGAGUUCUUUCUUACUUGGUUGAGUAAUGACCUUAGCAUGUAUGUUUUUCCUGCGAAGCUUCUGUUUCUGGGCGUCACUGUGGCCAUUAGGAGGUACCGGUAACACUGCAGGAUGGCUCCCCCAGCCCUGCUGAAACCCAAUCUUUCUCUCUCCCGCCUGCUGCAUCCCUCCGCCUCUCCACCACACAAAGCCACCGGCCCCCACAUUUCCCCCCCACCAAUAAACAAUCUAUUUCUAUAUUCCUGUUUCUUUCCAUUUGUACAAAAUAGAAUUCUCAAGCCUUUGCUCUCCAUCACCACAAACUUUCAAAGUGCCUGUCUCAUUCUAUUCAUAUCCCGUAAUGCAUUCAAAGUUUGAAUGUAAGUGAUGACAUAAACUGCAGCCAUCACACUAUAAAGUGUGUUUUCACACACUUUGUUGUUUUUUUUUUUCUUUCUUCCCAAGACCAUAGUUCCACUGUGCCCUCAAUAACUCUUGUCUUGUAUAAAUAUGUCUAAAGUUCUGUGUUUUGUACGUGUGAAGGCAUGUGUAUGCUAAUCCAAUGAAUCUCAUGUACGUUGAAUUGAACGCGCCGCCGCCUCGGUGGUUUUAAGGGGCUUGGGAGGGAUACGUUUAAGGCACUGUGUGCAUAGUUUUGGGUUAAACGGGACUUUUGCAUCUGAGUGGAGAGCUCUUCAGAGAUUCAUAAAUCCACCCAGGAUUGUGGCGCUGCUCAGGCAUGGCGAGGAGUAAAAAUGUUUUCUUAUGGAUAUUUAGCUUCUUUUUACUUUACAUGUCUGAAGGAAUAGAAAAAUAACACGUCAGGCCCUCAUCUUAUUUACGAGCCAAUGAGGAUGGCAGGGGUCAGUGGUAUUGAGCCCAGACCUUUAGGGAAUGUGGGUCUGGACUUUACUUUUUUAAGUUGUCUCGCUAUUUUAGUAGACUUAUGCUAAUAUAGCUACUAUGUGUCUGAGCUAUUUGUAAUUUGGUAUGCUUUUUGUGCAUCUUUUUGUGCAGUUUAAGAUGUUCCUCAUGUGUUUGUUUAUGUGUUCUUCAGGUUAUGUGCAGAGUCUGAUCCGGCGCGUGGUGAACAACGUGAACAUCGUGGUGAACAACCUGAUCCUCAAGUACGUGGAGGACGACAUCGUGCUGUCGGUCAACAUCACCUCUGCGGAGUGCUACAGCGUGGAUGAUAUGUGGGAGAGGGCCUUCACGGACAUCACUGCUCCAGAGCUGGUCCUAAGGAAAGUGAUCAACUUUGCAGACUGUACCGUGUGCUUAGACAAGCGGAAUGCCAGUGGCAAGAUCGAGUUUUACCAGGACCCGCUGCUGUACAAGUGCUCCUUCAGAACGCGUCUGCAUUUCACCUACGACAACAUCAAUUCCAAGAUCCCAUCCGUCAUCAAAAUCCAGACCAUGGUGGAGAGCCUGAAGUUGUCCAUUACUGAUCAGCAGCUGCCCAUGUUUAUCCGCAUUUUAGAGCUGAUUAUUGCCCUCUACUACGGGGAGCUCGGAGGACACAAAGAGGGCGAGGGGGAAGAGGGCAGUGUUCAUGUCAGGGAGGCUGGAGCAAUUUUACCUGGGAUGGAUGUGGAUAUGGAGACCCAGGGGGCUAGCCAGUACUCCAGCCAAGACCUCUACAUGCAGUCUGGGGGUCUUGAAGACGGAGACCAGGGUUGGAUGUCCUGGGCGUGGUCCUUCGUCCCAGACAUCGUAGGCGAAGAGGAGGGAUAUGAGGAAGGCCUCUACGAGCAGAGAGAGGCAGGAGGCAUCCCAACCAACCCACAGCAACACACACCCAAAGACCCCAUCGUCUCUAUCGGCUUCUACUGCACCAAAGCUUCUGUUACCUUCAAGGUAAAUCAGCUGAUUAAAAAAGAAAAAGAUGUGCUUCAUCAUCAAAGAUUCCAUUACCAGAUCAAGGGCUACAGUGCAGGCCAGCGUACAUUGACUUAAUGUCAGAUGUCAAAAUGAAAUGAAAGAAAUACUAUAAUAUUUUCCUCAGUUUUAAAAGUGUUUAAAAGUAUUCUGCAUCACAUUGCCAGUAAGUACAUGUGGUAUGAAUAUGAUUUACCAUUAAGAUGUACUUUUAAAAUAACAAAAAGUAUUUCAGAUAAACUAAUAUCGUAUACAGUGGCAACAAAAAUAUAAAACAUAAGCGCA